UGUGUGUGUGUGUGUGUGUGUGUGUGUGUGUGUGAGUGUGAGUGUGUGUGUUGUUAUUGUUUAUUUGUUUAUUUGUUUAUUUCUACAGUCAGCGGUGACGUCAGAAACGAGAGAGAGCUCUGGUGACAGGCUGCGGCACUUCCGGUUCUCUUUAUCGGGCCACAGGACAGGUGUCGGGUGGGCGGGGCCUGUCGCAGCGCGUGCCGGCUGCUCUCUGCUGAUAGAGCUCGUGCUGUCACACAGCGGCGGCAGCGCGAGCUCAGCGAGAUGUUGUCUCUGCUCUCACUUUGAGGAGUUUGUUGUGAGCUCGCAGGGAGCCGGACUCCAGCGGACCUGGACCUGGACUAUAAGGAUCCCGCUCAGAGACACAUCCUCUGGCGUCGCAGCGGGACUCGAACCAGCGACACCGAGGAGACGACCCGCGGAGGAGGAAGAGGAGGAUGCUGCCCCGGACCACUGACGACCAAACCAAGAAAAGACCUGAAGAAGAAGAAGAAGAAGAGGAGGAGGAGGAAGAGGAAGAAGAGGAACAGUCUAUUCUUCCUCCUCCUCUUCCUCUCGUUACCAUGCCAACCUCGGAGGACGACCCCGCCGUCCAAUCGGAGGCUGCAGCGAACCCUCCGGCCAAUCGGGACGUCAGCUCGGACUCGGGGGAGGAUACGGCGGCCGCGCUCUUGGACUCCAACAAGGAGGCGUUACCGUGGCAACAGAAGCGGGAAGAGGAGCGCGAUGAAGAGGAGACGCAGGCGGUGGCCUCGUCUCCCGACGGACGAUUCCUCAAGUUCAACAUCGAGAUCGGACGAGGAUCCUUCAAGACGGUUUACAGAGGACUGGACACCGAGACCACGGUGGAGGUGGCCUGGUGUGAACUGCAGACUCAUCGUCUAAACAAGGCGGAGCGUCAGAGGUUCACCGAGGAGGUGGAGAUGCUGAAAGCUCUGCAGCAUCCAAACAUCGUCCGAUUCUUCGACUCCUGGAAGUCGACGCUGAGGGGCCACAAAUGCACCAUCCUGGUGACGGAGCUCAUGACGUCCGGGACCCUCAAGACGUACCUGCGCAGGUUCCGUCAGAUGAAGCUGAAGCUGCUGCAGCGUUGGAGCUUCCAGAUCCUGAAGGGGCUGCAGUUCCUGCACUCACGCUGCCCCCCCAUCCUGCACAGAGACCUCAAGUGUGACAACGUCUUCAUCACCGGACCCAUCGCCUCCGUCAAGAUCGGAGACCUGGGCCUCGCCACGCUCAAGAAGGCCUCGUUCGCCAAGAGCGUCAUCGGGACCCCGGAGUUCAUGGCUCCAGAGAUGUAUGAGGAGAAGUACGACGAGGCCGUGGACGUUUACGCCUUCGGCAUGUGCAUCCUGGAGAUGGCGACGUCGGAGUAUCCGUACUCUGAGUGUCAGAACGCUGCCCAGAUCUACCGCAAGGUCACCAACGGAAUCAAACCGGACAGUUUUUCCAAAGUAGAAGUUCCCGAGCUGAAGGAGAUAAUUGAAGGCUGCAUUCGAACCAACAGCAAUGAGAGGUUCACGGUUCAGGACCUGCUGGAUCACCGGUUCUUCCAGGAGCAGCUGGGGGUCCACGUGGAACUGGCCGAGGACGACGACGGCUCGAAGGCGGCUCUGAAGCUCUGGCUCAGGAUGGACGCCAGCAAGAAGCUUCACGGGAAAUACAAAGACAACAACGCCAUCGAGUUCCUGUUCGAGCUGUACAAAGACGUCCCCGAGGAGGUGGCCCAGGAGAUGGUGGUGCUGGGGUUCGUGUGUGAGGCGGACUAUAAGCUGGUUGCCAAGGCGAUCAGACAUCGAGUGACGGCCAUAAAGCGCCAGCGGGAGAAACAGCGCCGCCUGCUGGAGGAAGCUCUGAACCGCCAGCAGGAAGCUGUCAUCGAGGAGGAGUCUGACCCCGCCCCUCAACCGCCUGAACCGCCCAAUCAGAGCCCUGCAGCUUCCACGAGCACGUCUGCUGCUGGGAAGGUGGCCAACCAGCAGGACUCAGCUGCUGUUUCAGCCCCCGCCCCCACCUGGAUACAAGCCCCGCCCUCGGGAACGGUGACAUCGAGCAGCAGCCCGGUGGAUUCUGGGAUCAGCAGCGUCUCCAGCAGGACGGGGGGAGACGGAGACGAGGAGGACGUCAAGACCGCCAAACAUACCUCGCACUCCUCCGCUACAUCGGACUGUGAGAUGGACAGCUCCUUUAGCUCCUCAGGUGUCCUGGAGAAGGUUGAAGCCACGCCCCCCCAUGUCUCUAACCCCGCCCCCCCAUCCUCUGUCCCCGCGGCUCAGGAAACCCCUCGACCCAAGGCUCCUCCCCCUGUGACCCGGGCUCCAUCCAAAGCUCCGCCCCUCCCCGUGCUGCGUUUCCCCAAGAGCAUCGCUGUGUCCCACAAUGCCGAGCGUUCGCAAUCUGGAUCAGCCUGCGGCUUCUCCUCACCUGUCGACAGCUACGCCUCUGAUGUGACCUCAGGUUUGAGUGACUGCAAUGAUGCCCCGUUAGACAAGGGACACCAGGAAGUGACCAAACAGGAGGCUACGAAGCAGUUCAGGAGGAGAGCGAGGGCUCGUCUAAGAAUCACAGGGGUGUCAGACAUGGUGGACCGGGUGGUGGAGUGUCAGCUGCAGACUCACAACAGUAAGAUGGUGACGUUUAAGUUUGACCUGGACGGAGACAAUCCAGAGGACAUCGCCUCUGUGAUGAUCCACAGGGACUUCAUCCUGCCAUCAGAGCGAGAAGGAUUCAUACUCCGCAUGUAUGACAUCAUCAAGAGGGCGGAGUCUAUGAUGCAUAGACAGCAGCAAGCUGACACCGACAGGUUAUCUCACCUGACUGCCUCCACGCUGCUCGAGUCCACGCCAAACCUGCCAGCCCAGGGCCUCUCCAGAACUCUGUCCUCGUCUUCACUUCCUGACAUUGCAGAUGCUGACCCCUCCCCCUUGAAGGGCGUAGACUUCUACAUUGACCCUGAGGCCACGCCCUUCAUCAGACCACUGAGGUCACAGUCUUUCCACACUUCAUCAGCUUCCUCCCAUCAGCCCCCUCCAUACCCCCUCCAUUACGCCCACCCAGACUCUGCCCCUCCUCCCCCCUCCCACCUUCCCCCUCCUCUUCAGUAUCACCACCUGUCUCCCUCCUACUGCCCCUACACCACCCCCUUCCCCGCCCAGAGCUCCUCCACCGACCUCCCCCGAGUCCACAGUAACCCCUCCCUCCUCACUCCCUCCUCCUCAGCUCCUCCCCGUCCUCCUCAUCACUGGCCCCCCCCUGACCAGCCUCUCUUCUCUCUGGCCAAUGUACUCUCUCUGGCCAUGAGCGUGGCCCAGUCCCUCAUGCCCCCACCUGGGGUCCCCAACCAGGGCUUUCACCCUUACCCCCAGCCCCUGUCUCCCCCGUUCCCCUCUCCCCAGGCUGCCCCCUCUCCCCCCAUGUCUCCAUCCCUGGGCUCUAAGCACCAUCCUCCAAGCCAUGCCUUCUUCUCUGCGCCCUUCUCUUCCCAGCUGUCCUACAGCCUCCCCACCCCUCAGACAGGCUCCACCCCCAUCAGCCAGCAGGGUCCACCACCCGCCCAGACUCCAGACACAUCUCAGCCUCACUGUCCUGUUCAGGUAAAGGUUGGCUCAGCUCCGCCCCCUCAUGGUUCAGAGACCGUUUCUGCUCCCAGUCUGACCAGUACUUCCCGUCUGACCAGUACUUCCAGUCUGACCAGUACUCCCAGUCUGACCAGUGCUCCCAGUCUGACCAGUGCUCCCAGUCCCAGAGGAGAGCUCUGUGGCACCUCCACCUCCUCCCCACCUGUCUCAACUCCUCACAACAAAGUGACCUCCCCCAUGACCUCACCGUCACCCAGACUAUCACCCAUCCAGGAAGUGAAGAAACCUUCAGUCCUCACCGUUGGUCGUUUCCAGGUGACAGCCUCUAAAGACGUUCCUGCUGUGCAUCAUCAGGAGCCCCGCCAUCUCAACCAGGCCACACCCACUGCCCACUCCCCGCCUCCCUCCAUGCCAGACCAAUCGGACAGCUCAGAGAGUAGCACGGAGGAGCAGAGCCAAUCAGAGAGCAGCAUCAGCACAGUGACAGUGUCACCACCUGGAUAUCUUCAGGGUUACAAUGACAACCCUGGACAACAGGAGGAAGAGGAGAGGAGGAGGAGGGAGGAGGAGGAGAGGAAGAGGAGGGUAAGUGUCAGUCUGUGGGACGGGUUGGCCGGCAGCAGCUUCAGCCAAUCAUGGAGCCGCUCAGCACCCUGCAUCAGCUCUGACGAAUCAGAUAGCGAGAAUGAGGAGAUGUGGGAGGAGCUGCAGGAGCUCCGUGAAAGACACCUGGCGGAGGUGCAGAACCUGAAGGCCAAUCAGAAGCGAGAGACUGAGGAGCUGUACCUGAGGAUGGGUAAAGUCCCGCCCCCCGGCAUUGUCUCUCCAGCCGCCAUGCUGAACCACCGCCAACGCCGCCUGUCCAAGACCGGAAACUACCCUCCUUCUCGCAAAAACAGCCUGCAGAGACUGGACGUGCUGCCCCCUGCAGGUAUCAUGAGGAAGAGCUCGGUCAGCGGCAGCAGCAGUGGAUCUCAGGAUAGAGCAGGGAAAGGCGUGACCUUUGCCCCCGAACACAGCCACACGUAAGAGAGGAGCUGCUGACUAACUGAACACAUGAAGACGAUGAAACCUGAUGAUGAAGAGGAGACCUCGAUGAACACACAUCACUUUAUCAAACAUGAAAAUCUUUGUUUAGGAUUUUAUUCUGUUUGUAAUAGUUUGAUUCCUGAUUUGAGAUCUGUUCUGAUGUUUGUUGUUUUUCUGUGUUUUAUAUUUUGAAUUGAGACUUUGACAUUUCAGCACUUUAGGAGCAAAAUAUUAAGCCUCAAUGAGCCUCAUGUAGCAACAGGUUCAUACUUUUAACUUUCUCUUUGUUUUUCUCAUGAGGUUCUGCAGGUUUAACUCUUCAGAUUCAGAUCAUAAAUGAUCCCUUUACACUUAGGUCUUUUAAAGACCAAGAAGGAAACAAAAAUCACAAGUUAAAUCUUAAACUCUGAUCGUCUUCUCUGAACUAUUCUUUUAAUCAGCUUCUGAGUGGAGGGUUUCUCCACGAACACACAGUUAUCUGCCAGUCAGAAUCUCACUGCCGAUUUUAAAGAUUUUAGAUGUUCGAUUUCUGUGUGUUUGAUAGCAUUGUCAAUUGAAUCUGAUCAAAUUUUAGUAAUAUAAAUAUUAGUUUGUAACUCAGGAUGUUUUUCUUAACUUUAACUUGGAUUGCUGCUCAUUUAGUUGCAAUAAUAUGACGUGAAAAAGAAAUAUUUAAGAUGUUUUGAUUUAUGAAUCUCUUCUUGCAUGAAGUCCGGAGUCUUCAGCACUUUUACACAGUUUCUUCUACAUAUCUGUCUCUUAAAUGUCUGUUUCUAAUCUAUCCACUGAAUGUAUCUUGGAAUCACAGUGUGCCUUAUUUAAAGAAUAAUUAUUGUAAUAUUUAGAGAGAUACUGAGGUGAUGUGUGACAAACAGACACCUUCAGUAUCGCCUCGUCUAAAGAACAUUUCUGCAUUAAAUCAGACGACGUCCAGGUGACACACGACAUGAAGACAUGUGAACAGAGAAACAUCACAGGUCUUUUCAUUUCUCUUUGUGUUCCGACUUUAAAGUGUUUGCGUGUAAUAAAAAUGACCUCGAACAGCA